AAGUCUGGGCCAGCCGACCAGGACACCUCCCCUGGAGACGAGGCCACUCAAAGCGUGUCCCACGAGCUGGUAAGUCUCUCCCGACGAGUUGUGCUAUACCUGUGGAAUAUCUGAGGAGUGCUCCCCUUUCUCACUUUCGCUCUCUUCCCCCAACAGAAUAGCCUUGGACCUGACACUGGCCCAGGUUACCAGCACGUGGUCGACCUGGUCUCCAGUCUCGUGAAGCUGCGUCACCAUCCCUACGUGACGCAGCAGCAAGUGGCGGAGAUCGUCACCCUCUGGGAACGAUUGCCGGAGGGCGACAAGGCCCCAGUUCGCUUUCCGCCACGCCACCAGGAAAGACUGGUGCAGGGGAGGUUCCGACACAAGCACUCACAGACCAGUGUCACACCGGGAGUGGAGAGCUUGCAACGGGGUAUGGUCGGCCAAGCCGCACAGAUGCCAAACAUCAGCCGCCUUGUGGAGGCCGUUUGUGUACAGCUGUCCAGGAUUCACCCCGAAGGAACCACCAUCAGCGGCGUGAGGGUGAACCGCUGGGCAGCUGUGAUGCGGGAUUACAUCUGCAUCCAGGAAAAUAUCCUGACAAAUCCGGUACUCGUGGCCCAGACACGCAUCCAGUUAUUCCCCCUCAAUCAGCGCACCCUGGCACAAUGGCACUACACUCGCACCAGGGAGCUGGUACGGCGGGCUCUGGAGAUGGCCGUGCCACUGCCAACCAGCUCGGCCCUUGCUUCAGAGCCCACCCCUACCGUUCGACCACGACCCACGGGCCCCGAGCUGUCCGCUGCACAACCACUACAGUUCCAUAACCCGCCUGACCUAUCUGGUCAGGCGACGCAGCGACGUCGGGGCCCCGUGGAUGUGGCACCAGCCAUCAUUGGCCACCCCCCCGAGCCACAUGAAGCACCCGUCACCCAGCCACUCUCCCCGCCGGCUGACACUGCCACUGCUCCGCUUCCACCGCCGCCGGCAGGACCCUCAGUACCCCGCACCACUGCCUGGCGGCGAAAGAAAAAGGAGGAGGCGGACGAGCUGGCACGACAGCAAGGAAACCCCCCCAAGAAACGGAAAAAAAUCGAAAAUUACAUUUGCAAGUGCUGUGGCCGUCCUAAAACAAAAGAGUUCGGCCACAGCCAAUUUGGGGGGGAAUUCUUUUGCUCCACCUCAGCCGGCAAAACUAUACAGGAGUGGCUGGAGGAAAAGAGGAGGGAGAAGAAAAAUCGUGCUGGGGGGGAUAGCCAUUAAAGAAUUGUAUUUCUUUCUUUCUUUCU